UAAAACGUAAUUGAAUCUUAAUUUAUAAUUCAAGUGCGAACUUUUCCUACAUCACCAAAAGAUCGUGUGAAACACCACCCAAUGAUUAUAGUACACAUGUAGAUAAACAUAACCACGCUCCUCUAGUCGCGUGAUUAUUACAAGAGUAAAAAUUUCGAAGCUUCCAAAAAAAAAAAAAUUAUAAGAAAUGAAGGGAAAAAACAUAAAAUUAGCUCCAGAGAGAGAUCAAUCGAAGAAAAGGUUUUAUUUAUUUAUUUAUGAAACUUUCUUUUGUUGGAAAAUUAGAAAAACAGAAAAAAAAUGUCAAAACCCAAAAACCCAUUAGAGAGAAGGAGCAAAAAGAUGAAUUGAAAUUGCAGAAAAGAGAAAAUCUUUUCUAUUGAUAGAGAGUAGAGAAGAGAAGAGAAAAGAGAAAGCUAAGUUUGAAUGCAAGAGAGAAAGAGAAAGAAGAAAAGGAAGCUAAAGCUACGUCGUAUUGCUAUUUCUUUUUCUCUCUGAAUCUGAAAGACAAUUUUCCUUUACUUUCUCUACUUCCAAACAGGUCAGAUUAACCAACUUUCUCCUUUCUCUCUCUUGCUAUUUCUCAACAAUCCUUCUCUAUUGCAUCAAUUUUAAGUUCAAUUUGAAUACCCCUUAAGUUCAAUUUCAAAACCAACUGAACUUUAUGGCCUGAUCUCUAACAAUUUAAGGGUAAUAUGUACUCUUCUCCUUCAGUUUCUUUACAAGUUUGAAUAAAAGGAGGUUCUUUUUCCUUCUUCUUUUUUCGGGUGCAGUUGCAUUGUGUUUUUGUAUUUGAAGAUUUUGCUAAUUAUAGUUCGAGGAAUAAAGUUUUUUUUUUUUGGGGGGGGGGGUGGGGGGGGAGAGUGAAGUAAUAAGCUUUAGUUAUGAACAUGUUUGGGGUGGGAAAGUUGUAGUCGUUAGAGGUGGUUAAACUUGUUGAAUACUAAGUUGGGUUUAAAAGAUGCGUUCUGUAUUGGCAUUGAUGUGCUUUCUUAAAUUUAUGGGCAUGUUCUUUUUAGGAUUUUGGAAAAUGGGAUUUAUGAAACAGAGUGAAAUAACCCUAAUUUAGUGGGGGUUUUUUGAGUAUAAGGAAGUGAAUUUUGGUAGUUUACUGCACUGUUGUUUGUUGACUAUGUUGUGAGAAAUGCAACGUUGGAAUCAGCAUUCGCGGGUAAAUCUCGCGGAGUUGAAAACUCAGAUAGUUAAAAGAAUUGGGGCAGAGAAGACGAAAUUGUACUUCUAUCAUCUAAAUAAAUUCCUGAAUUUGAAGCUGAGCAAGGUUGAGCUUAAUAAACUUUGCUUUCGGGUUCUUGGUAGAGAGAAUAUUCCACUACACAACCAAUUUAUAUGUUCAAUUUUGAAAAAUGCUUGUAAUGCCAAAACUGCACCUCCAUCGAGCAUUGAUAAGGAGGUUCCAAUAUGUACAAGUGAUGGGUCCCACACUUUUCCAAAUGGGAAGGCGGAUUUUGCUUCUCCUCAAUCAACCACUGAAGGUGAUAAUGUAGCUUUGGAAGAUGGCAUACAGAAGUUGGUGCAGCAUCAUCAAAUACUCUUGGAUGCAGAGAGAGAAGGCAGCAUUUUUACCAAAUUACCGCAAGGAAAACAGUCAACAGAUGGUUCAGUAUCUAUACAGAGUAAAGAAGAGAGUGAAGUAUCUUUAGUUGAAGACGGAAAGGAGGUAUUCACUAAAAGUUCACUUGUGGCUCCUCUUGGAAUUCCAUUUUGCAGCCCAAGUGUGGGUGGUGCACGCAAGCCUUUGCCUUUAGCAAGCAACAGUAGAUGUGCUAGCUCAUAUGAUACUGGUGGCUUGUUGGAUUUGCCUUCAUUGAGAGAACGAAUGCAGCAGAUUGCUACUUCACAAGGCCUUGAGGGGGUGUCUGUGGACUCUGUCAAUUUGCUGAGCAGUGGCUUGGAUGGUCACUUAAAAGGGUUGAUCAAGUCUUGCAUUGAGCUUGUGGGUACAAGGCGCAGAUGUGAUUUGAUUACAAAAAAUAGCUGCAAGCACAAUUCUAAUGGGAAGCUUGUCAAUGGAUUCUUUUCAGGUCAUCAUAUGCCGUUGCAAAAUAGUAGUAGACAUAUAGAUGGAAUGCAAGAACAAAAGCCCCACUUCUCAAUAUCUUUGCAGGAUUUCAAAAUUGCAAUGGAGCUUAACCCACAGCAGCUAGGGGAAGACUGGCCACUGCUGCUUGAGAAAAUUAUGCAUGCAUUUGAAGAAUAAAGCUUGCCAGAAAGUUAUGUCCUUUGUAUGUGAUUCAUUUGGUUAUUUCUGGUUAGAGUGACCUAAGAAGAUGCACUUUUGUGUUUGGUUGCUGAUCACUUAGUCAACAACUUUUCACAGCCUGGGGGAAUCAGUUUGCUGCUCUCAGAUUAAACUCUAUCCCUUGCAAGAUGAGUGAAUCAGAGCAGGGGAUUCUCCUGGCUUUGAGCUUGUGAUUGAUCUAGUGUACCACGUUUCAUAGCAACCAAUCAAAAGGUACACAAAGAAAAAUAUGCCCAUGUUUGGUUGCCCUGUUGUAUUUUUAGCUAGCUUUUAGCAUUUUCUGUAAUUUAUAGUUGAGGAGGAGAAAUAUUUAGAAACAGUUUUGCAGGAAUAAUUUGUCUAGCUUGUUAGGAAGGUUAAAGACUGCACGUUGUAAAAGUUCCUGUAUAUUUAUUUUCUACACUUGGAAUUAUUGGGAUCUUAGUGUUAACAAGUUAUCAAAUGCUGAUUAUUCAUGCU